AACAAAAACCUGUACACACAAAAAUCUGUAUCUAUACCUCUCGCAAAUAUUUUACACUUUUCUCGUCUACUCAUAACGGAGUGAAUCACAAGUCAUCUCCACUAUUAUAUUCUCUCUCUCCCUCUCUCUCGCUGCAAGUGAAUUCUCCGGCGAAUAUGUCGUCGCGAUCGGAGAGAUUUUCGUCGGCGACUGACGCGCGCGCAUUGGCGAGAGGUGAGGUUGUUGAGUGCUGAUCUCGCCGUUGGUUUGGUUGAAGUUUGUUAGAUCUGGACGGCUGUGAUUUGUCGGUUGGAGAUGUCGGUGCUUCGUGCGCUCUCUGACUUUGAGAGCACUGGGGCACUAAAAAAGGGUCGAUCGUCAUUGUUGAUCCAGUUUUUGGUUGCAUGUUAUGUUGUAUGCAUCACCUAUGCCGACUUGCCUAAGAAGCCGUUGAUAGUACAUAUUGUAUCACCACCAACUAAACUGUCCUUGCUAGCACCUGAUCUAUCCUUGCCUGCCGAUUUUCCAGUUUUCAGUAGACCUUAUUAUAAAGGUCUUUAUACCAAUCCUGUACCAAAUCUAGUUGUAGAAACUGCUCAGCCUCCUUACUACGGUCCUUUGAUCCCCUACGAUCAUACUCCUUCAAUUAACCCACGCAUGUCAAGACGUUCAAUGAACGAGAAAGCAGUAGUGCCUCACAGUGCUGGACUGGCACCUCCUGACAUAUCAGCGAUAUCCCCAACACAAUCUGGUGAUGACUGCUGUGGUUCAGACAUGGUGCUGAAACGAGGGACCCGGGGUUGCCAUUGUGUAUAUCCUGUUAAGAUUGACAUGCUCCUUAUAAAUGUGUCCUCUAACCCAAAUUGGAAUCUUUUCCUAAAAGAUUUUGCCUAUCAACUUGGUUUGCGGGAUUCUCAAAUUAAUCCAGUCAACUUUUAUGUCGUAACUUUAUCAAACUGGAAUAUUUCAUUGGACAUUACUCCGUACAAGGGAAUCAGUUUUUCUGCCAGUGAAGCAUCAGGAAUAAAUUCUUCACUUUCCUCGCACAGGGUUCAUUUGAACCCUAAUCUUGUGGGUGACUACAAGCUUCUCAAUAUAACCUGGUUCAAGUCUCUAGCUCCAUCUCAGGCUCCUCGUACUGCAAAGCCACCAGUUGAAGUACCACCACACAAACGUCCAUCUCCUGCAGCACCAGUGACUUCACAGAAAGGGACACGUCCAAGUUUGAUCCUGCUUGUUGCUAUUGGUGCUGGCAUUCUGAUAAUUGGUAUUAUAAUGCUUCUUAUAGUCUGUUUAUGCAUUUCUCACAAAGGAAAGAAGGAAGAAUCUCCUGUGAAAACUGAAACAGCGAAGACAAUUACUAGUAAUGCUCCUCCGUCAGCAGGACCAGUUCCCCACCCAACCAGCACACGUUUUCUUGCAUAUGAAGAGCUUAAAGAAGCAACAAAUAACUUUGAUAGUAGCUCUAUACUUGGAGAGGGUGGAUUUGGGAAAGUUUUUAAGGGGAUAUUAAGUGACGGUACACAGGUAGCAAUAAAGCGGCUUACUAGUGGUGGGCAGCAAGGGGGUAAAGAGUUUUUAGUAGAGGUUGAGAUGCUUAGUAGGUUGCAUCACCGUAACCUUGUUAAACUUGUUGGUUAUUACAGCAAUCGCGACUCUUCACAAAACCUGCUUUGUUACGAGCUGGUUCCUAAUGGAAGUCUGGAGCAGUGGCUCCACGGUCCUUUGGGACUGAACUGUCCUCUUGAUUGGGAUACCAGGAUGAAGAUUGCCCUUGAUGCCGCACGUGGCCUUGCUUACCUGCAUGAGGAUUCACAACCUUGUGUCAUCCAUAGAGAUUUCAAGGCAUCCAAUAUCUUGCUUGAGAACAAUUUUCAUGCUAAAGUUGCUGAUUUUGGCCUCGCGAAACAGGCACCUGAAGGCAGAGUAAACUACCUGUCUACUCGUGUUAUGGGUACAUUUGGGUAUGUAGCUCCUGAAUAUGCCAUGACUGGCCAUCUUCUGGUCAAAAGUGAUGUGUAUAGCUACGGGGUUGUUCUCCUUGAGUUGUUGACGGGUAAGAGGCCAGUGGAUAUGUCACAACCAUCAGGACAAGAAAAUCUUGUUACAUGGGCUAGGCCAAUGCUUAGAGAUAAGGAUAGCUUGAAUGAGCUUGCUGAUCCGAGGCUUGAAGGGAAGUAUCCAAAAGAAGAUUUUGUAAGAGUUUGCACAAUCGCAGCAGCUUGUGCUGCCCCAGAGGCAAACCAACGACCCACCAUGGGAGAAGUGGUACAGUCGCUUAAGAUGGUACAGCGUACUAUGGAGUAUCAAGAUUCUGUAUCAACGUCAAACAAUCGCCCUACGAUUCGGCAGUCAUGUACCACCUUUGAGUCAGAUGGGACGUCUUCAAUAUUUUCUUCUGGACCUUACUCUGGCCUUAGCGCAUUUGAUAAUGAAACCAUCUCUCGGACGGCUGUAUUUUCUGAAGAUCUUCAUGAAGGAAGGUGAUCAUAAUCACAACUUAGCCGGAGUGCUUCACACAUUGAAAAGGGCUGUCCAUUCAAACCACUUGGUACUCUUGCCAAUUGACAGCAAAGAAUAUUGCCUGCUGGUGCUGGAUUUUUCUGGCAGUGAUUUUGUGCCUUUGGUUGAUUGGGGCUGAGAAUGUUAGUGUUGUGCUUGUAGUCCCAUUGUAGAGACCUGUCGUUCAGUUUUCGCAAUGCAGUGAGGUGAUCGUUCUCUACAUGUCGGACUCUGAUUUAUGUACAUGUGUGCUUUGUUGUAUCUAGUUUUGUUUCAGUGGACGUAGCUGGGUUUCAAGUAAGGAAAUUCAAAUCCUUCUUUCAUCA